UUUUGCUUGCUGGUCGCAGAACCUGAAACAGUGCUCGGUUUAAAUUUUUGGAAAAUGAAGUGAAAAGUGACCCCGCUAGCAUCGAAUCGAGCAUAAAAUGGCCACCCAAAAGCCAGGCGAGUGGGCUAACUCACUGUUAAAUCGUUUCGAGGAGCAGCUACCGUAUCGCACUGGACCACAUGGAACACAGGCGAGACUCAGCAUCGACCAAACGAUGACGUGCUUGAUACAAAUAUCGCGUUAUCGGUUUUCCUUGGUGAUUUCCGGUUUGACCAAAAUGCUGCAACGCGUCAAUGAGAUUUUUAUUAUUUUGCAGUUUCAGCCACCGGCUUGUCGUGGUCACGAACCGGAACGUUGUGUAUACGAUUCGUUGAUCAUCAUACUGGAAACCCUGGAACGAUGCCUGUCGGGACAAUCGAAAGAUACUGCGCGCUUCGAAGAAGCUAUGAAUGUAAAAUUGCUUCUCAGAGAAAUUUGCCAGUUCAUUGACAUCCAAAAUGAAAACAACCAAAACGCAACAUCUCUUAAAGCGUUGGCUUCCAAAGUUCUAUACGCUCUGUCACAAAAUCAUUUCGGAGCUGUGUUUAAUCGUAUUUCAGCGCGGUUACAAGAGCUAAGCACCUGCUCAGAAGAAAAUCCGGACUACAGUGACAUCGAGUUGAUACAGCACAUCGAUCUGGAUGUUAACCGUUUGACAAAAUUACUGACGGAAACCAUACAGAAAUUCAAGUCGCUGAAAAAAUCAGCCCAUUUUAUUUUACUGAACUCGCUGGAAAAAGCGCUCUGGAACUGGAUCGAGUUCCAUCCCAAAGAAUUUGAAGAUUUACAACGCAACCCAAACGAUGAGUUAUCCAAAGGCUGUGAGACCUUUUUCGAUAUUCUGGAUUCGUAUGCCGAAAACAAGAAAGCGCGAUCAGCUGUCUGGCCGCUUCAGAUUAUGCUGCUAGUAUUGAGUCCGAAGGUCUUGGAGGAAAUUGUCAAUGCCGACUCAGGAGCUCCUUGUUCACCGAGGCAUCUUAAAAAGAAACAUUUUAUGGAGGGAAUAAAAAAGGGGCUAGGAGCGCACGCUUCGUCCAAACAAUCCACCGAAUCGGCAGCUAUUGCGUGUGUUAAACUGUGCAAAGCAUCCACCUAUAUCAACAUAAAUGAUUCAAAUAACGUAACAUUUCAGCUAGUACAAAGUGUCAUCAACGAUUUGAAGGCGUUGCUCUUCAAUCCUGCUAAGCCGUUUUCCCGAGGACAGGGAUAUAAUUUCCAAGACAUAGAUCUGAUGAUCGACUGCUGGGUCUCCUGUUUUAGAAUUAAACCGCACAACAACGAAGCGUUGAAAGUGUGCCUCAGUCUGAAUUCUCCGCCUGCAUAUCAUUUUGUAAUAGUGAGCUCAUUGUUGAAAAUUGUUACACAAGCUCGACUACCCUGGUGGCCACAAAUUGAUUUGGUCUACGCAAGGUCAGGGGAACUGAGAGCACUUUUCACAGAUACUUUGAAUAAAGCAACCCAGGGUUACAUAGCUCAUACACCGCUCAGAAUGAUUACAUCGCUUACGCUGAAAUCCAAAGACGCUCAAAGCAGACUCACUCGACCCGAUGAAGGUCCGGCCCACAAAGCGCUACUGUUGUUAAUGGUACGGCUUAUUCACGCGGAUCCAAUGUUGCUUCUCAACAGUCUUGGAAAAGCUGGACAUGAGGUGCAAAGUUCAACACUGGAGCUGAUCAACGGACUGGUAUCGUUGGUCCACACACCGACUAUGCCGGAUGUCGCACAGGAAGCUAUGGAAGCACUUCUAGCACUUCAUUCGCCGGAUAAAAUUGAAGUGUGGAAUCCAGAGGCUCCAAUAAAUACAUUCUGGGAUGUAAGUUCGCAAGUUCUAUUUUCAAUCUCCCAAAAACUGAUUCAACACCAGAUCGCUAAUUACACGGACGUGUUGAAAUGGCUGAGAGAAAUUCUCAUAUGUCGGAACACUUUCCUCCAAAGGCACAAGGACUAUGCCAAUGUUGGAUCUCAAAUUGCCAUUUGUAGACAAGCUCACAUCAAACUGGAAGUGGUAUUUUUCAUGUACCUAUGGUCGGUCGAUCUGGAUGCCGUAAUGGUUUCACUUUCAUGCUUUGGAUUGCUUUGCGAGGAGGCUGAAAUUCGUUCCGGAUCAGAUGAGCUAACUGUUGGUUUCAUUCUUCCCAACUAUCAUCUGUACCAGGAAUUAUCGCACACAUCGAGUACCCUGACUACCCAGAACGUUGAAUCGCGGUAUAACUUUUUCGAACACACACAAGGUCGUGCAACGUUACAGAAAAAUAUUAUGUCAUUAAUGAGAAAAAUUGAGCACUGCGUCAAUGGCGUCCAACCUGCUUGGGAAGAGACUUUUCGCAACUGGGAGGUAACAUCAAAAGUUCUUCAAAAUUAUCCUAAAGGGAAACCGGAAGAAGGUCAGGCGGAAGUGUUUCAUCGAAGUAUGGGAAAACGACGAGCAAGCCACCAGAGCUCGGAGCAUGAUUUGGAAGAACAAAUUACAGAAUGGGCUAACAUGACAUGGUUCCUGUUGGCACUCGGAGGCGUUUGUUUGCAGAAACCUCGUAACCAACGGCUUGCUCAGACUCAAAUACUUCCUAUUGGGAUCAGUGGACCAUCCCUAAUGCAAUCCACUACAUCCCUCUCGAGUUCGAGCUCUGGACGCGGAUCAAUGCACCCAAUAAUGGGCUCGUUAGUUACGUCAAUGGGUAUGGGAGGUGGAAGUCAAGAUGUGCAAUACUGUCCAGUCACACAAUUUAUCGGACAACUUCUGAGAUUAUUAGUGUGUAACAAUGAAAAGUUUGGGCCUCAGAUUCAAAAAAAUGUAAAAGAAUUAGUCGGUCAGGAAAUGUCCGCUCAACUAUAUCCAAUUCUUUUCGAUCAAAUACGGUCGAUUGUGGAGAAGUUUUUCGACCAGCAGGGCCAGGUUGUGGUGACGGAUAUUAACACGCAAUUUAUAGAACAUACAAUUUACAUCAUGAAAUCUGUUCUAGACGGUCGUCAAAGCAAAGAUCAAAAUGAUCAACCUGCAAACGCUGAACACCUUGGGGUUACGAGUAUUGAAAAUUUGAUGCUCGCUAUUGUGCGAUACGUUCGUCAUCUGGACAUGACCGUCCAUGCAAUCCACAUUAAAACGAAACUGUGUCAGUUGGUUGAGGUCAUGAUGAAAAGAAGAGAUGAUUUGGCAUUCCGCCAAGAAAUGAAGUUCCGCAACAAGCUGGUUGAGUAUCUCACUGAUUGGGUGAUGGGAACAUCGCAUCAGAUUGCUCCGCCUAGCUCGGGAGAUGUUACGCUCAUCACACGCGAUUUGGAUCAAGCCUGUAUGGAAGCUGUGGCUGCUUUGUUACGCGGAUUGCCGUUGCAACCAGAAGAAUCAGAUCGCGGUGAUCUAAUGGACGCAAAGAGUGCACUGUUUCUUAAAUAUUUUACUCUGUUUAUGAAUCUUCUUAACGAUUGCGUCGAUGGUUCAGAAGCGGAUAAGGAUACCAACAAUCCUCCAUUGCUUCCGCCACGUCCACGUGUAGCGGCCGGAAAGCUGACUGCACUUCGGAAUGCUACAAUUCAAGCAAUGUCGAAUCUUCUCAGCGCCAAUAUUGAUUCUGGUCUAAUGCAUUCAAUUGAUUUGGGUUACAAUCCCGAUCUACAAACCCGAGCAGCUUUUAUGGAAGUACUAACACAAAUUCUUCAACAAGGCACAGAGUUUGACACCCUUGCAGAAUCGGUAAUGGCAGAUCGCUUCGAACAAUUAGUGCAACUUGUCACCAUGAUCAGCGAUAAGGGAGAGCUGCCAAUAGCCAUGGCCUUGGCUUCUGUUGUUACAACUUCGCAGAUGGAUGAAUUAGCCCGGGUACUGGUAACACUGUUUGAUGCCAAACAUUUGCUUUCCCCAUUGCUGUGGAAUAUGUUCUAUCGAGAAGUUGAAGUAUCCGACUGCAUGCAGACCUUGUUUCGGGGCAAUUCUCUUGGAAGUAAGAUUAUGGCUUUCUGUUUCAAAAUAUACGGAGCCAGUUAUCUGCAAGGAUUGCUAGAGCCGUUAAUCCGACCACUACUGGACGAUCCGAUGACCAGCUUUGAAGUCGAUCCAGCGCGCUUAGAAUCAACCGAAGACAUCGAAGUCAACCGGAAGAACCUGAUUGCUCUAACCCAGAAAGUAUUUGACGCUAUUGUCAACUCUGCUGAUCGUUUUCCACCGCAGUUAAGAUCCAUGUGCCACUGCUUGUACCAGGUUCUUAGCAAGCGCUUCCCUAAUUUACUGCAGAACAACAUCGGAGCCGUAGGAACUGUUAUUUUCCUGCGUUUUAUCAACCCAGCUAUUGUUUCACCACAGGAACUGGGCAUCGUUGGCAAACAGGUUCCCACUCAAAUCAAACGCGGUCUGAUGUUGAUGUCAAAAAUUCUACAAAACAUUGCAAAUCAUGUGGAAUUUUCGAAAGAACAGCACAUGCUGUGUUUCAACGACUUUUUGCGUUCACACUUUGAAGGUGGUAGAAGAUUCUUCAUACAGAUAGCUUCCGACUGCGAAACCGUAGAUCAGACCUCUCACAGCAUGAGUUUCAUAUCGGAUGCCAAUGUUUUGGCGCUUCAUCGGUUAUUGUGGUCGCACCAGGAGCGAAUUGGAGAUUACCUAUCGAGUAGUCGCGAUCAUAAAGCCGUUGGACGACGACCAUUUGAUAAGAUGGCCACGUUACUGGCCUACUUGGGUCCUCCGGAGCACAAACCUGUCGAUUCCCAUUUACUAUUUUCGAGUUACGCUCGUUGGAGUUCGAUCGAUAUGUCAUCAACAAAUUUCGAAGAGAUUAUGGUCAAGCACCAGAUGCACGAAAAGGAAGAAUUCAAAACACUGAAAUCGAUGAACAUUUUCUACCAGGCAGGAACGAGCAAAGCUGGUAAUCCUGUUUUUUAUUACAUCGCUCGUCGUUAUAAGAUCGGGGAAACAAAUGGAGAUCUGCUGAUUUAUCAUGUCAUUUUAACACUGAAGCCCUUUUGUCAUUCGCCAUUCGAAGUGGUAAUCGAUUUUACCCACACCUGUUCCGACAAUCGAUUCCGGACGGAAUUUUUACAGAAAUGGUUCUAUGUGUUGCCAGAAGUUGCUUACGAAAAUCUUCAUUCGGUGUAUAUUUACAACUGCAACUCAUGGGUUCGUGAGUACACCAAAUUUCACGAUCGUAUACUGGCACCAUUGAAAGGCUGCAGGAAGCUGAUUUUCCUCGAUUCACCGGCAAAGUUGAACGAUGUGAUUGAUCCAGAGAACCAGAAACUUCCAGGGGCGACGCUGUCAUUAGACGAAGAUUUGAAAGUAUUCAGCAACGCACUAAAACUAAGUCAUAAAGAUACAAAAGUUGCUAUCAAGGUUGGUCCCACCGCGCUACAAAUUACAUCUGCUGAAAAGACAAAAGUAUUGGCUCAUUCUGUGCUACUGAACGACGUGUACUAUGCGUCAGAAAUUGAGGAAGUUUGCUUGGUUGACGAUAACCAAUUUACGCUAUCUAUUGCUAACGAAAGUUCGCAGUUAAGUUUCAUCCACAAUGAUUGCGACAACAUAGUACAGGCGAUCAUACACAUCCGAAAUCGUUGGGAAUUGAGUCAACCGGACUCUGUAACGGUACAUCAGAAAAUACGACCUAAGGAUGUGCCGGGCACGUUACUGAACAUGGCUCUGCUUAAUCUUGGAUCUUCCGAUCCCAAUCUACGCACGGCUGCCUAUAACCAACUGUGCGCACUGACAGCGACUUUCGAUCUUAAAAUUGAAGGUCAACUUUUGGAAACUCAAGGAUUAUGUAUUCCUUCGAACAAUACUAUCUUCAUCAAAUCGGUUAGCGAAACAUUAGCGACGAAUGAACCUCACCUGACGUUGGAAUUUUUGGAAGAAUGUAUCCAAGGAUUCCAGAGGAGCACAAUCGAGCUUAAACAUUUAUGUUUAGAGUACAUGACCCCAUGGCUUGCCAAUUUGGUGCGUUUUUGCAAGCCUUCCGAUGAAGGAAAACGACAGAAACAAGUAGCCAUGAUCCUGGAGAAGUUAAUCAAUUUAACCAUCGAUCAGAAAGAGAUGUAUCCAUCGAUUCAAGCUAAGAUUUGGGGUUCUAUUGGGCAGAUUCCAGAGUUGAUCGAUAUGGUUCUGGACAACUUUAUUCAUAAGUCUGUAAGUUCUGGAUUAGGAUCACCACAAGUUGAAAUUAUGGCAGAUACUGCAGUGGCGCUCGCUUCAGCAAAUGUUCAACUUGUGGCCAAGAAGGUUAUCGGACGGCUCUGUCGCGUAAUGGACAAAACGUGCCACUCGCCAACUCAGUAUUUGGAACAACACAUGAUGUGGGACGAUAUUGCCAUACUAGCACGUUAUCUGCUUAUGUUGUCCUUCAAUAACUGUCUUGAUGUUGCGCGACAUCUGCCCUACCUGUUCCAUACGGUUACUUUCCUAGUUUGUAGCGGAUCCCUUUCGAUGCGAGCUUCAACGCAUGGUCUAGUCAUAAAUAUAAUUCACUCACUAUGUACCUGUACAAAACCGUCCUUUUCGGAAGAAACCCAACGUGUUUUGCGUCUCUCGCUGGACGAAUUCUCCUUGCCAAAGUUUUACCUACUUUUCGGUAUAAGCAAGGUUAAAUCUGCUGCAGUGACUGCUUUCCGCUCUUCCUGCCGGCAUCCCAACGAUCGAUGGCUAGGCAAUGAACGUGUUUCCCAAACACCUCCGGCCGAUCGCGAACGCCUAGCUCUUCCGUCUCUCGAAGUUAUAACCGAUGCACUGUUGGAAAUAAUGGAGGCAUGCAUGCGAGACAUUCCUGAUUGCGAUUGGUUACAAACCUGGACAUCUUUGGCCAAAAGCUUCGCAUUUUGUUUCAAUCCAGCAUUGCAACCACGAGCCCUAAUUGUGUUUGGCUGCAUUUCGAAAAGUAUAACUGAUCAGGAUGUGAAACAACUACUACGUAUACUUGUGAAGGCCCUGGAAUCGUUCAAUGACAUUAUACUGCUCGAAGCCUUGGUCAUGUGUCUAACAAGGUUACAGCCAUUGCUACGGCCGGAAUCUCCAAUCCAUAGAGCGCUGUUUUGGGUAGCAGUUAGCGUGCUGCAGCUGGACGAAUCGACUCUCUACGCAGCCGGACUGGCUUUACUGGAACAAAACUUGCACACACUCAAUUCGCAACAACUUUUCGACAAACAGAACAUUGCCGAUGUCAUGAUGGCAACUCGAGAACCGCUGGAAUGGCACUUCAAACAGCUGGAUCAUGCUGUAGGUUUGUCGUUUAAAUCGAAUUUCCAUUUCGCCCUGGUCGGUCAUUUGCUCAAAGGCUUCCGACAUCCGACGCCAACGACGGUUUCCCGAACAUCUCGGGUGUUAACCAUGCUGUUGGGAAUAAUAGCCAAACCUCAUCGCAGGGAUAAAUUUGAAGUUACACCGGACAGUGUAGCCUAUUUAACAGCCCUUGUUUGCUUUUCGGAGGAAGUUCGAUCCCGUUGCCAUAUAAAGCAUACUCUUCCCCGAUGGCCCAUUGAGAGUGGUGUUAUCUUGGAACCGGGUUCGACCGGCGAUCCAUCGGUUGUUGCUGCUAUUACUGCUGGACAGGCCGGUUCUGGUGGUCAAAACGUGCGCCGCCAAAAGUCCUGGGAUAUGCUGGACCAAUCGGCCAUUCAAUUUGCCCGGCAGUCGCACAAAGUUCAACCACAUCCGGACCCGGCUAUCAAAGGAAAAUCCUGGCGAAGUUUAGACCUUAGUCAUAAUCCGCACCUGGGAAUGAUCGGUCAUUCCUCGUUUGUGUUACAUGCUUGUACUAAUUCAAAUACCACAUCUAACACUUCUUCCGCGUAUAACAACAAUACCAACAACCAGAACAGUAACACCACUACUACAAUUAUCACAAAUAAUAACAGUAAUACGACCGUUAGUGUCGGGAAUGCUAUCACUGGUAACUCGACGGCGGGUCAGAUAGCUGGAGGAGCGUAUCAACGGAGCGAUUUCCGCAAUCGGCGUUCCUCGUCCGAACCGGUCAAUCACCAGAUGGUCCUAACAAAUCCCAACAUUGCCAAGCUGUUGGCUCUUAAACAGGGCCACAUCUAUUCCGCCCCGCCUUCCGCCGUGCCGAGCGCCAAUGUUAACAAUACUCUCAAUACAAUCAUCGCUAGUACUAUCAUCACAACCAAUACCAAUACAGCAACUAUCACCACCAACCUUACGAUCACUACUACUACCAGUAUCACCACGACUUCCACAAAUACCAAUAACAGUACGCUGACGAUCAAUACCGCUAAUAGUAGUGCCACUAACAGCACUAGCCCGGCCCAAUCAAUCGAAGAUGUUGCUCAAGAAGAAGAAUCGAGCGAUUUUACAGCCGUCGUCGAAUGCCUGCAAGACAUUGCGGCAAUCAAAUGUUCCAAGACAGCCCGUAUGCUGUUCAAAACGCAACGAUCUUUCUCCGUGCCGACGCCAAGAGAACGCCAGGGCAAGUCUACCGAUCGACAGAAGGAACGAGGCUCACGAUCAUCCGUGUCCAAUGAAUCUAACGUGCUUCUCGAUCCGGAGGUGCUUCCUGAUUCAUCUACACAAGCGUUGGUUCUCACUGUACUGGCAACACUGGUCAAAUAUACCACCGAUGAGGCGGAAACGCGUGUCCUGUAUCAAUACCUGGCGGAGGGUUCCGUCGUUUUCCCGAAGGUUUUCCCCGUAAUUCAUUCGCUGCUCGAUCAAAAGGUCAACAAUGUGCUCUCGGUAUCCAACGAUCAAAUCGUGCUGGCCUCGGUGCAAAGCAUCAUCCAAAACAUGCUGGCCAGCGAGGAUGCUUCCCAACAACCGUUGCACUUCCUGCAGAGCUGUGGAUUCGGUGGCCUGUGGCGAUUUGCUGGACCAUUCACCAAGUACAAUAUGAUGGUAGAAUCCUCGGAACUCUUCGUCAAUUGCCUGGAGGCGAUGGUGGAGACUUGCCUUCCUGUGGAGGAGAACACUCCGAUGCCACCGUCGCCACGACCCUACAAUCUUAGCUCCAGUCUGAGUAGCCUGACGCUCGGGUCACCAACGGAUAAAGCCUUUUCAUCAGAAUCUCUAGAUCACGAUGGAUUUAGCGGUAGUGUAAGUUCCUUGCGCCGGGCUUCGUGCAGCAAGGUGCGCAGCGCGAAGCAUCGUUUCAUAGAUAGCCCAACCCACAAUAUUUAAACACGUUCUGGAGCACGCAAUUCGACAAUGCACUGGUAACAUUUCUAAUUUCUGCUUAGCAGUGGCAUGGUGAAAGGAAGGAGUACUAAUUGUUGAAGGUACAAGUAUUAAUCAGUCACAGAAAUGUAUGUAAUCCAGCGCUGUUGGGUGGUUUAGAACCGCCAAAUUAAGAUAAGCACAAAUUUCGCAGCAGAAAUUUAUCAAAUUUUAAUACUAUUCACUGUUCGAGGUGAUCCUUUAGAUAUGUUCGUGUUGUUUACUGAAAAAAAAACUAUCACCAAAUAGAUGUGUACUUUUAACGAUACUAAAUCAUGAAUAAAAAGGAUCUAAAUGGUGCAUGUUCAUUUCUAAUGUAUCAUAACAUAUAAACUACAUGCUUCAAGAAAAGCGCUUUGUGCUAGCUAAUCAAACCGGAAGUUAGAAAGGCUAAACUCAUCGAACAAAAGAAGAGACCAAGUGGUGGAUUGAGUGCGUGCUUAGCCAACAAAUUAGCAUUAUUCGGUACAUAGAAAAUACUGGUAACGAGAGAAGUGAAUGUUAAACUAUUUUCAGUUUAUGUUAAAUUUUAUCUAACAAUGUCAGCCGGUGCCAAAAAAAUUUUUUAUUGAAAUUGUUAUCAUGCAUUUUUAGAUAAUUUACAGAAAUAAUAAUAUUCUUCUGUGGUUUAAUUUUCAGCGAAAUUUAUGUUGCCAAAAGGAAAGUUUAUGAAAAUAGGCUAGGGAAAGUACAUACAAAGAGAAAUAAAUAUU